UCAGAACGUCCGCACCGACUCUGCGCGCCCACUCCACCGCACGGCUCUCCCGCAAUGUCGUGCUGGGCAGCAGGGCGCCGCUCCUCGGCGUCGGCCAUGGCAGAGAACGCCGGCGCGCGGGGCGCCAAGGAGGCGGUGGCGCGGUCCGGCAAGCGCGUCGCCCUCGGGAACCUCACCAACGUCUUCCGCGGCAGCUGGAAGUCCGGCGCGGCGAAUUCAGCGUCCGAUGCGAAAUUGAGUUCUACCAAACCAGUUGAUGUCAAGAAGGGAUCCUUCGCUUGCCUGCACAAUGUGAACACGGAACGGGGUUCUAGCAGAAGGCUGGCCUCUGACCAAUUUGAUCAGGCAGUAUCAGUUCUUCAGAAGAACACAUCUCUUCCUUCUGUGCCAGACGUUGUAUCAACAGGUUGCAGCUCACCUGGCCUGUCUCAAGAUUGUUCAGUCUCCAUGGAUGAUGCUAUAUCAAUAUGCAACUCAACAGAAAGCUCUGAUCUUCAGUGCCUCAAUGAUGAUGACCCCUCAAUGGUAGCUUCUUUGCAUUGGUGGGCCAGUGAUAGACUUCAUUUCUCUGAUAGUAUGGAUGUUGCAGAACUCAACUGGAGGAAACAUAGUACUAUUCCUCUGAAAGCUGAUAAUAUAAUUGAUCUUGACUGCAACUAUAAGGAUCCACGGCUUUCUACAACUCUUGCCUGUGAAAUUUACGAGAGCUUGCGAGAGGCUGAGACUAGGAAAAUGCCUUCAACAAACUUUUUGGAAACCACUCAGACAGAUAUGAGCAAAACCAUGAGGGCAAUGUUAAUAGACUGGCUUGUAGAAGUCACAGAAGAAUAUCGUCUUGUUCCUGAAACCUUAUACCUCACUGUCAAUUACAUUGACCGCUAUCUUUCUGUCAAAGAGAUCAGUCGGCACAGACUGCAAUUAGUUGGUGUUGCCUGCUUGCUUAUAGCUGCGAAGUAUGAAGAAAUAUGCCCACUUCAGGUUGAAGAGCUCUGUUAUGUUACUGACUAUUCAUACACUAAGGAAGAGGUUUUGCAAAUGGAAGCUUCUGUUCUGAAUGACUUGAAGUUUGAGAUGACAGUACCUACAGCAAAAUGUUUCUUAAGGAGAUUUGUGCAUGCUGCUCAAGUUCUUGACAAGGGCUCAUCUCUGCAUCUUGAGUUCUUAGCCAACUACAUUUGUGAGCUGUCACUUCUGGACUACAGCUUACUUUGCUAUUUACCUUCAUUGGUAGCUGCCUCUGCUGUUUUCUUGGCAAAGUAUAUCCUUAUGCCAAUAAAGAACCCAUGGAAUUCCACACUAUCUUACUACACGCGAUAUACACCAUCUGAGUUGCGUGGUUGUGUAAGGUUACUGCACCGGCUCUUCCGUCUGGGCCCUGGAAGCAAUCUUCCUGCAAUUAGAGAAAAGUACAGUCAGCAUAAGUACAAAUUUGUAGCAAAGAAGUACUGCCCACCGUCAAUCCCUACUAAGUUCUUCCAGGAUCUGACAAGUUAGAAGCCAAGAUUACUUCUAGUUAUUCAAUGAAAUCUUCCUGAGGCUCUUAGUGCGACAUUGAUUUGUACAGAUAGCUUUGCAUGCGCGAGGCCUUGUGUUUAGCAGAUAAACAGGUUCACGUGAACUGUAAGUAUGUUCACUUUCUUGUGGCAUUAUUGUUUCAGUGUUGUGCUUUCUUCCUGCAUCGUCUUAUACUUUGCUGGUGUGGUCUUCUCCCUCUGUAUAGAAUUUGUAUCAUACGGUUCUGGACCUUGCUCAUAACAAUGGUAGAUAGUUUGGCUAAAGAUAAAGUUGAGUUAUUCUCUCA